CCGCUCAAUGCCGAGGCAGCGGGAGAGACACCUUCCCCCGUAGCACCAGAACCAAAACCUCCCAUGUUCACUCGCAUGAAAAAUGGCACUGUCCGUUUUGGGAAACACACAAAAGAUGCCUUACUCCACAGCUGGGUUAAUGUGCUCUUGAUAUUUGUCCCCAUCGGUAUUGCCGUUCAUCCCGCAGGCCUCUCCCCAGAAAUUGUCUUCUCCAUGAAUGCUAUUGCUAUCAUUCCUUUGGCUGGUUUGCUGGCGCAUGCUACCGAAGCUGUUGCGGCUCGGCUUGGAGAUACGCUUGGGGCCCUGCUGAACGUCUCUUUCGGAAAUGCCGUCGAGUUGAUCCUGUUCAUCAUCCUGCUUGCUGGCAACCAGGUCCGGGUCGUCCAGGCAGCAUUGCUUGGGUCUAUCCUUGCAAAUCUCCUGUUGAUUUUAGGAAUGGCAUUUCUGCUCGGCGGUUUGCGCUAUCAGGAGCAGAUAUACAACAGCACCGUUACCCAAAUGAGUGCGUGUAUGCUCAGCCUGGCUGUCAUGAGUUUGCUAUUACCAACAGCAUUCCACUCGGCCUUUUCAAGUUAUUCAACGGCUGACCUUCAGACAUUACGUGUCAGCCGUGGCACAAGUGUGAUCCUUUUAGUAGUCUACGUUCUCUAUUUACUGUUCCAGCUAAAGAGCCAUGCCUACAUGUACGCUAGUACACCCCAGCAUAUCAUUGACGAGGAAUCUCACCCUGGUGUCCUAGCGGAUAUCCUAAAUUCUUCGAGCUCGUCAGAUUCUUCCUCGGACUCCAGCAGCACAGACAGCGACAGCUCGGCUGGUUCGCAUACGACUGCAAAGAGGAUUAGACGCGCUUUCCGAAACCGGAAACGCCGUAAGUCCAGUGCAAGCUCUAAGGACACCCCUUCAGCACCCUCUGUAAUGAGCUCACCUUCUGUUGAGAAACACAACAAUUAUUUUGAAUCUCGCAAUGGCGCUGACUACGAAAACAUCUCUAACUCCAACCCCAUGUCUCGUACAGGAUCCAUUUUGGGCGCUAUCUUGAGCGGAGAUGAAGCCGAUACCGACGAACUUUCUCACGCUCCGCACGUUCGUGACUUUGAAGCAGGUACAUCGAUCUCCCCACCCGUUGGCAGGCGUGAAAAGCGAAAAUCGAAGCACAAGAAGAAGCACCGAAAACAUAGGCGCCUUGAUGUGGAGAAAGACGAAAAUGGUCCCCGCCCAUCGUCGCGCGGGGAGGACAACUCACCGAGGGUUGCUUUUGCUGAUGAGGUUCAGCAGGCAGAAGUCGCGCCAGCACCAAAGCGACCUUUCGUUCUCCGGCCGGCUUUGCCAUCGCUGCUUUCAAACAAUGUAUUCAACAACCCUCAAAAUCCUCCACCACCCACUGGCUCUCCUGCCCUCAGCAACAUUCGCAUGGCAGGACCUAGAACGCUGCGCCGCACAACCUCUCUGCCUGAUCGCAUCAAUCGUGUCGGUUCUCAAUCAAGUUACAAUAACCGGCCUACCCUCUCACAUCACGCCACUCGAACCCCAACCGUCGUGCAAUCCGAGGUAGAGGAAGAAGAAUCCCCUGUGAUGUCUCGCACUGCGGCGAUUAUGAUGCUACUUCUUAGCACUGGAUUAGUUGCCAUUUGUGCUGACUUCAUGAGCGACGCCAUUGAGCCUAUGGUUGAAAAGACUGGCAUCAGCCAAGCUUUCAUCGGUCUGAUCAUCCUCCCCAUUGUUGGAAAUGCAGCCGAGCACGUUACCGCUGUCACAGUCGCCGCAAAGAAUAAAAUGGAUCUUGCUAUCGGCGUUGCAGUUGGUUCUUCCAUCCAAAUUGCAAUCUUCGUCACACCCUUCAUCGUCAUCCUUGGUUGGAUCAUGGGCAAAGAGAUGUCACUCUAUUUCAACAUCUUCGAGACUGUGUCACUCUUUGUCACAGCCUUUGUCGUGAACUUUCUUGUCCUCGACGGUAGAAGUAACUACCUCGAAGGAAGCUUACUAAUUGCUGCGUAUAUUAUCAUUGCCGUAGCCAGCUUCUUCUACCCUGAUGGUUGUGAUGCAUCACAAAUUGGAGGACAGGAGGGUUCGUGCUAG